AUGCCCCUGAUCGAUCGUUCCUUCUUGAAGUUUGGCUUCAUACUCCGUCGAAAUAUUCUGAACCAUAACGUCGAGAUGAUUCCCAGUGGUGCUUCUGCUGCGGUCCUCCAGCCUUCCGAACCCGUUCCUUCUGAUGCUGUAUCCGUCAAGGGUCCAAACUUUGAGAAGAGUCAUACGCUCCAAGACUUUCUAGGGACCUACUCAAGAAUAGGAUUCCAAGCACAAAGUCUGGGUAAAGCCAUCGAAAUCAGGAAAUGGAGACUAUCCGACGACCCCGUUGCUGAGGAUGAACUCGAAGAAUUCACCUCGAACGAAGUCAGAUCUCAAAUAAAAUGCAACGUUUUUCUGGGUUACACAUCCAACUUAAUAUCGUCCGGACUGCGGGAGAUAUUCUUGUACUUGGUUAAACACAAGCAUGUUUCUGCGAUCGUGACUACGGCAGGGGGCAUCGAAGAAGACUUCAUCAAGUGCUUGGGUCAAACGUACCUCGCUGACUUUCACCUGGACGGGGCUGAUCUGCGUAAACGAGGCAUGAAUCGCAUUGGGAAUCUUGUUGUACCCAACGACAACUACUGCAAGUUUGAAGACUGGCUUAUGCCGAUCCUGGACACGAUGCUUCAAGAGCAGAAGGAAACGGGUGAAGUAUGGUCCCCCAGGUCGUUCAUUCGUAGACUUGGUAAAGAGGUCAACAACGAGGAAUCGGUCUACUACUGGGCAUAUAAGAACGAUAUUCCCGUGUUCUGUCCCGCGCUGACUGACGGAUCCAUCGGAGACAUGAUAUAUUUCCACUCUUUCAAAUCUCCUGGCCUGAUUCUCGAUAUUGUCCGCGACAUCCGUGAGCUCAAUGAACUGUCCAGAACGUCGCGCAAGGCUGGUAUGAUCGUUUUGGGAGGCGGUGUCUGCAAGCAUCAGAUUGCGAACGCGAUGCUCAUCCGCAAUGGGGCCGAUUACUCAGUGUUCAUUAACACAGGACAAGAAUUUGAUGGAUCUGAUUCUGGCGCACGACCGGACGAAGCCGUUUCCUGGGGGAAGAUACGUGCUGACGCACAAGCCGUAAAGGUUUACGCGGAUGCAACCCUCGUUUUCCCCUUACUGGUUGCUGGAACGUUUGCCAGCGGCGACUAG